AUGUCGGUCGGGACAUCUCUUCAAAAGGACCGUAACUUCCUUGCCGUUAUUGGUGACGAGGACUCGGUCACUGGUCUCUUGUUGGCCGGAAUUGGUCAUGUUAAUCAGCAACAGAAACGUAACUUCCUCGUGGUUGAUGCAAAGACCCCUUUGACUACUGUGGAAGAAACGUUCUUAGAAUUUACCAAGCGUAAGGAUAUUGCAAUCAUCUUGAUCAACCAGCAUGUUGCUGAAGAGAUCCGUGAGUUGAUCGAUGGUCACAACCAGGCUUUCCCCACUGUACUUGAAAUCCCCUCAAAGGAUCAUCCUUAUGAUCCCGAGAAGGACAGUGUUCUCAAGCGUGUCAGAAGAUUGUUUGGUGAAUAA